UUCAAAAUCCUUUCUCUAUAUAUAUGAGACAAGCAUACGUCUCAUACAGGAUAUCUCUAGUAAACUUGCAAUCAGCAAUUUCUAUACUUGUGGUUGCAAAAAACUAGAGAAUUUUGUAUUUAAAAAUAUAUAAAACAAACAAAAAAUAAUUAUUAUAAUAAUAGAGACAUGGAGAAAGUUAUGAGCAUGGUUGUUUUUGGUGCUUUAGCCGUGGCAACAUUGCUACAAGUCACAACAGCACAAAAAGAGCAUGUCGUUGGGGACAAUAUUGGUUGGGUUGUACCACCCACUGGUGCUUCAGCUUACUCAACAUGGGCUUCUAAAAAUACCUUCAAUGUUGGCGACACCCUAGUUUUCAAAUUUCCCAGCAACAUCCAUAACGUGCAAGAAGUAACAAAAGCCUCAUUUGAUGAGUGUUCUACGAAAUUUACUAGAGGACCAGCCAUCUCAAUAGGACCAGCAAAUGUCACUCUUAAAUCUGCCGGUGAUAAGUACUAUAUUUGCACGGUUGGCAAACACUGUAUAGCUGGUCAGAAAUUGGCCAUUAUAGUUUCAGGCACAGGCGCACCCAUAUCAAAUGCUCCUAAGGGCAGUGCUACACCUUCUCCAACCCCCACACCACAUGCUCGUGCGGAGAGUUCUCCACCUUCUCCUGCUCCUUCUUCCUCGACGGUCGUGCUCACUAGUUUUCUUCUCAGUGCAUCAUCUAUUGCAUUGGCCAUUUUUUUUUAAAUCGAUCUAUAUAGGAGGAUGUAUAACAUGAUGACAUUUUAUUAUAAUAAGUUCAUCUCGAA